CUGUUGGAGCCGAUGUGCUGAAGGUUUGUGAGCAGUGUGCGAGUUUCGCUGGGCUCCCAUUCGCUCUACACAAAGUCAGCCCCCGGCUGCUGUCACAGCUCCAGCCCACCCCUCCCUCAUCCCAGCUCCUCUCACAGGCGGCACAGACUCAAGCUCAGAAAUAACAAAAGCCCGGCAAGAAGGCGGCUCAGCUCCCUGCUCAGAAGGAUCGCGGAAGGGAAGGAGGGGAAGCGAAAGGAGAAGGAAAGUGGGACAACACACACCGCUCUAUUUGGAAGGAGAAAUCAUCGUGCGAUUUGAGAGUGCGCCGGGCUCUAUUGUGUCUGUGCAUCUGUGUGUGAGGAGAGCCGCCUUCUCUUGCUAAGGACUCCCAGCUGAAGGCACUGGCAAGUCAGCCAUGAAAGCUGCGCUAGACCUUAAACCGACAUUAAUCAUCAAAACAGAGAAAGAGUAUGACGCCUAUUCGUGCUCUGAUAUGGAAUGUGCAGAUGUUCCCCUGCUGACUCCCAGUAGUAAAGAGAUGAUGUCUCAAGCUCUUCGUGCCACUUUUAGUGGUUUUACCAAGGAACAACAACGUUUAGGGAUACCCAUUGAUCCCCGAGAAUGGACAGACACGCAAGUGAGGGAGUGGGUCUCGUGGGCAGUGAAUGAAUUUACUCUGAAAGGAGUGGACUUUCAGAAGUUCUGUAUGAGCGGAGCAGCAUUAUGUGGCCUGGGGAAGGAAUGUUUUCUAGAAUUGGCGCCCGACUUUGUGGGAGAUAUCUUGUGGGAGCACUUGGAGAUCUUACAGAAAGACUCAAAACAGUAUCAAACUAGUGAAAUAACCCCAGCAUACCCAGAAUCCAGAUACACUUCAGACUACUUCAUCAGCUAUGGAAUUGAACAUGCACAGUGUGUUCCGCCCUCUGAAUUCUCUGAACCCAGCUUCAUCACAGAGUCAUACCAGACCCUGCAUCCCAUCAGCUCAGAAGAACUCUUGUCUUUGAAAUAUGAGAAUGACUACCCUUUAGCAUUGCUGCGUGACCCCCUGCAGCCUGAAUCUCAGGGCGACUACUUCACCAUUAAACAGGAGGUAGUGUCUCCAGACAACAUGUGCCUGGGACGCAUCAGUCGUGGAAAACUUGGUGGGCAGGAAUCAUUUGAAAGUAUUGAGAGCCACGACAGCUGUGACCGCCUCACUCAGUCCUGGAGCAGCCAGUCCUCAUACAACAGCCUUCAACGUGUGCCAUCUUAUGACAGCUUUGAUUCUGAGGACUACCCACCUGCAUUGCCGAGCCAUAAAUCCAAAGGCACUUUUAAAGACUAUGUAAGGGACAGAGCUGAGCUCAACAAAGACAAACCUGUCAUUCCUGCUGCUGCUCUAGCUGGCUACACAGGAAGUGGACCAAUCCAGCUGUGGCAGUUUCUCCUGGAGUUACUGACAGACAAAUCGUGCCAGUCCUUUAUCAGCUGGACAGGGGACGGCUGGGAAUUUAAGCUCUCUGAUCCAGAUGAGGUUGCAAGACGCUGGGGUAAGAGGAAAAACAAGCCUAAAAUGAACUAUGAGAAGUUGAGCCGUGGGCUGCGCUAUUAUUAUGACAAAAAUAUAAUUCACAAAACAGCAGGAAAGCGCUAUGUCUACCGUUUUGUCUGCGACUUACAAAGUCUUCUGGGAUAUGUGCCUGAGGAACUACACGCCAUGCUUGAUGUUAAACCAGACAAUGAUGAAUAGAAUUUAGUAGAUGGAAGUUUGGACCAUAGAAAAAAAAAGACAAACACCUAGAACCCAAGCUCCAAUCUUGGCGCCACUUUUCACUCCUGAAUGCGCAAAGUUGAUGUGAAGCUUUCGGGGGGACAAAGGAUAUAACUGGGAAACGGACACGGCUUCCUUCAUGAGUGGGCCUUGGGAUAAUGUUUGAAGUUGGUUACUCUGCGUUACCACUGCCAAGGAAAAGCCUGGGCCUUUCCGUACCCUACUUUUUAUGCAGAACAGGAAGGAGAGCAAUUUGAUUGCUUACUUUAGUAACCAUUUUAUUUCCAGAUGUUGUGCCAGUAUUUCAUAUAUAUUUUUUUCUGAAAUAAUGCAUUUUUCGCUUAAGUUCUUGUUUUAUGUGUAGCCAGCUUUUUUCAACAGAUGCAAACAGAUACCAAUUGUCUGACAGAUUACAAAAAGGAGGAAGUGUGUUACGAAAACUAAUGAAAAGCACACAAAGAUUUCAUAGGUCCAACAGCAGCUAUGAAGAUUUUAUGACUUCAUUUUGCGGAGCCAUAUCGCUGGAACAAUUAAUCAGCUUGAUUCAAGCAGUAACUGAGCAUAGUUCUGGCACUGAUGUAGAUAUAUAGAUGGGUUAAGUGUUCUUCUGUGUCCACGUGGCUGAAGAGAUUUUUAGAAGAGCUUCAGCUCUGUCCAGGACACAAAUAGUAGUAACCAAAUAUAUUCCUUCUCUGCAUGUACCUUCAACUGCUAUUUUGAGGGAAACAUCUUCAGAACAUACUCUCCUCCUUACUUAAUUGCAGUGUUUGCUGAGCCACACCUAAAUGGUUGCGCUGAAGUCCCGUCCACCAUGUUAAAACAUUCCCAGAAUGUAUUUUUUACAGAUAAGAGAAUUUUAUGUGUGUAUAUAUUUUAUAAGAAACUUUUUAUGAAAAGGUUGUACAGAUAUAUUGUCAGUUGUAUGUGUUCUUUUUUUCACAUAAGUGCCAAAGAGGAAGUUGAUUUACAUGAAAACAGGAUGGGCAGCCAUCGCCUUUCCAGGAGUUGCAGAACACGGAUCCCAAACUUUACUUCUCUACUGCUCAGGUAGUGGGUGGUGCGGGAAUUGUGGUUGUGCCGGAGCUGGCAUGCAUAGAGCAAUCCAAACCUGAGCUAGGACAAUCUUAAAACAGUUGCUUAAACCUUCAGGGAUGAAAUGUGCAAUGAAAGCAGCAAAUGUUUCAUAAGCUGGCCACUUCAAAUGAGUUCAUUUUUUAGGAAAAGAACAUUUAAAGGGAGCUAAUAGCUAAACAGCCAGUCGCUCUUUUAAUGAAGCCUAUAAUGUAACACUGAUAAGAAUAAAUGUGGUUACAACUGACAGGUGAAAAGCAGCUCAUGAAGUAAAGUCAUUGGCUAAGCACAUAUUUAUACAUCAGGCAAUUUAUCACAAAUUAGUAUGGGUUUUAGUUAUAGUUUCCAUUUCAGUGAACUUUGAGCAUACAGCAUCUGACAUAUGGUUCAUCACUGUUACUGAUUCCUUUAGCCAGCUUUAGCCAAUCGUAUGACAGCAGUGAUUUUCAGGCUGAUAAAGGCAGUUCCUUUUUAUCAAUUAUUUUGGAAGCCUGCAGGGCAAAUGACAACAAUUGUAAUCCAUAGAAAGCUGUUCGGGCUGCAUUGAUGCACUUACACUCUACUGUAUUGCAUGUAGCUUGGAUGAGGGUUAAGUAUAUGGGAAAAUAACAGCAAAGUGCUAGAUAGAUGUUUGUAUUCGGUUCAUCAGCUGUCUGUUCAGGUCAGUAACCUUUUUUUUUGUUCACAUUCUCUGUAUGUUUAUAGUUAUGAAGAUUAGAAGAGUUUAACACUCGUGCCUCUCAACUCGGAACACAUUCGGGGGGGUUUUUAGCAUUAACUUUGCUUUUAGUUUGGACAGGCAAUAGCCUGAUCAAACCAAAUGUCUUUUAAAUCUGGCACCUAUUUUCAACAGAAAAAUGUUCCUUCUAAUAUGAAAUCCUCAUGGUGGCUAAAAAAAAUAAGAUGCUCAGGCGCUAUGUUAAUACAAAGUCUUUUUGUUUUGGAAAUAUUCCUUUAUUUUGAAACUUAACAGAUUAAGAAGUAGUUGAUGUAACAAAACAAGCAUUUGAAGAAAAUGUUCCUUUUUUUAAUUUUUAUUUUCUUAUUUCCCCCCCUUCAAUCAAUCCAUAGGGGUAUAUAUUAAAACCUUUGCAGUGCUAUUUAUACAAGUGCCUCUUAGCAAAAGACUAUGGAAUAGGUGACUUAUUGCACUGAUGCAAUCUUUAAUGAGGGGGGCAGAUGUCCAAAUCAUUUCCCAUUUUGUGACAAAGGAUGGAAGUUUCAGAAGACUGGGGCAUUGUAAAUACAUUCCACAUAUCUUUGCGGUUAACCCCUUCUUAAUGAAAUAUUUCUGUUUUUGUUUCAUGAAAAUAAAUUUAAAGCACCGGUUCCUCAAGCACAUUACCAAAAAAUAAACAUCUUACAAUAAUUCAUUCCACUCCUGUGUCUUUGCUAUUAUGUGGUGAUUUUUUGGUUUCUCUUUUUAAGUGUAUUUUUGAGUCUAUAUUUACCCUGUUCAGAGUAGACUGGUGCUUUGAAAUACAGGUGUGUAUCAUUUAAAUAGGGAAAUGGCUUAGUCACACCACUGAAGUAAAACUGAUAUUAAGUUACACACACUGGCCAAAUUUGCCCUACUGCCAUUAUCCACAACAAUGAAUAAGAGUUCAACUUUCAUGGUUCAACUAGAUGUAGCCAGAUCAAAGCUACUUGCUGAUUAUUGCAUAGUUGCUAUGGUUAUUGCAUAGUUAUCUAGUGUUGAUAAAUGAGCUCCACUUUUACAUUUCUUGGCAUAGCAGUAUUUUUCUGCCAGUCGAGGGUUCACAUCCUGUAGAACAGGAGAAGCUCAACAUAUUUGUAUCUAGCGCACACUGGCACGUUUAGCCUGUUGCAUGAUGUGACACACAGGCUUUCUGUUUACGUUUUUAGACAUUUGAUCACAUUUAAAUUUGAUCUCAUCAGCAUUCAAUUCAUCAGUAUCAACCUCUUGCAAGGUAGCCAAAUGUGAAUACAGCACAGCAAUUUUCAAUAGAAUGCUUAAAUAUAUGUUACAGGUCUGCAUUAUAUACUUCAUUGUGUCGGAUAAAAACAUCAUAAAACAGAUGUGGAAGAUAGUAAGACAAUUCCCAAUGAAUAAAUUCUCAGAUUAAGCAAGACUUCUUGUUUUACUGUUUCUUAUAAGGCAAACUAAAGAAUGUGCAUUUUAUAUUGCCCACAAAAAAUGUUAGUCAAACUCUUGCUAUAACAUUGAGCAGCAGCAGUGGCUUAUUCUCUAACAUCCAUUGACCAAUGAUUUGCACCAAUGAAAGGUGUCUGAUUGUUAGUCUGGCCCCUUAGUGUGUUUUUGUAUUUGGCUGUGAUCCCAUGCAAGGGGGUCAACUACAUUAGGAAUGGCCAAACUGGUAACUAUGGUCACUUCAGCUAAUAAUGGCAAGUCUGACUGUACUUUAUAUGGUUUACAUUUCUGAAGACAGACAUUUUUUUAGUAUCCAUGUGUAUGGUUUGAAUAUACGAAAGAAUACUGCACAAUUCCCCUCUGUGUCUCACAUUGAGGUAGGGAACUAGUAGUACAUGCACAGCAAUAGAGCACAGUUAAAAUUAAAAGUUCUCUUGGAGUUUUGUAAUUAUAAAAAUAUGUAAGAGCGCAACAUUGAAUAUAUUUGGAGUAUUGUAAAUUAGACACUUGGCCCCUGGUAUCUUUAGAGACAACAGGCAUCAUCAAUCAUUUCUUAUAUGUAGAAAAUAUGGCCAUAAUCUUGCUAUCCUACAGCUGCUGUUGUGCCACAAUUUUAUGUUUUUGACUUUUUUAAGAACACAGGACUUAUAGUUGAACAGAGGGAGAACCUUAGACUGAACAUUUCCCAUAAAUGCCCCAUAAAUUUUAGCUGAUUGCUUCAUUAUUCCCUGUUCACCAUGAAUGACAGGGCAUUUGUACAUUUAGACCUUCUCUACUGUAAUAUUGAAAAAGCUCUUGCAGGAUGAAGGUGGAGACAUAGCUUGUUCAGGAAGACCAUAGAUGUAUAGUAUAUGUAUUCUUACAAGGCACAAGUAUGUUCAAAAACCCAUAUAAAUCAAAACUGGGCACCCCAUUGUAUUGCCCAACCACCCAAUCGGGAAAUAGCUAGAACAAAUUAUAACGACCGUUUUUAACACCUUUUCUCAACACAAAAACUAUAGAUACAAUGAUUAUAUUUAAAUGCUAAAUAUUAAUCAUUUUGAUAAUAAACACACUUCCGUGCUGGAACAAUUUUUUCCACGCAGAAUAUAUUUGUCCUACUUGUUAAUACCCCAGUUGUGAUUUCAGCAAUUAAUGAUUUGAAGAGUUGUUAGAUCUCUGUACCAUUGUUAAGCUCUAACACCCCACAGAAUAGUGAUGAGUGCUUAAACUAAAUUAAAAAAACAAACAUUCAAGUAUUGCAAAUAAGAGAGGAAAAUAUGUAGCAUGUGAUCAUGGCAGUUGGACAUUACAAAUUGCUUGCAUGGCAUUUUGUUGACCAAAUGAGGUGUACUCGGGAGGUUAAUGUAAAUGGAAUUGCAUUGUCUUUUCAAAUAAGUGGUUAUACAUAACUGAGGUUGGAUGUACAGAAGAAGCCCUGGCAUGGUAAGCCUUUCUAGGGCAAACAGUUGUGUGCCUUAUUAUAGACCAGUUAUCAUGAAAGUGCCCUUAAUACCCCUCUGGAAUAUAAGCUCAUAAAAACUGAUGCAUAUUUUGUUCUUUAGUAGUAGUCCUGGUAAAGCUUUCUUAGAUCCCUAGAUAUUACAAAAAUUGUAUAUAGAAUCUAAAGCAAACAGCAGCAGUAAGUACAGUUUUGGGUGGCCAGCAUACUCUGGCAUUGGCGUAACUGACAGGAGUGCUAAAAGUUGCUUGUCAACACAAUUUAUGAACAUUUUCAGUAUCAAUUUUGUAUCAAUGCUUAUUCAUUUUUAAAUGAAAUAUCUAAUUAUUGUUCAGUAGGUAUCAUUUGGUUUGCUCCCUGACGCCAAGGGGAAUUCUAUGCCUGAUUUAGAAAAUAAUUGGUAAUGGAAAAAUUAGGAAUAAAACAAAUAGUUGGUAUACUGAGCAAUGGUCAUCCCAAAGAAAUCUGAGGAAAAAUAAUAUAUAUAUAUAUAUUUAUAUGAGCUGCAUCAAGGCUUGGCAAUAUGUGUCCAUCCUGUCAAUGUUAAACUAGAACUCCCAUGAUCCUACCAGGUGUUGGAAGUUGUAGUCUUGCAAGUACUGGAGGGUCGCAGUUUGCCUACCACAGAUCUACAGCUUAAGUGAAUUUUAUUAUUCAAGGAAAUUGUUUUUUUUUUUUAUGUGACAAAGAUGACCUCUUUUAAAAAGAAUACGUUGAUGAUAUUUUUAUGUCUGCCUUGUUGUUUUUGUUUAUAAUUUAUGAAAAGGAAAUGUAUUAUUAAACUCCUUUUUGGCAAAACUGUAGCUGACUGGUGUAGCAUUUCAUAUGUACUGUUUUUUAUUUUGUAAUUAUGUUAAAAUGGAACCAAGAUACAAAGUGUUCAUGUUUUGCAACCAGCGCCUGCUCAGUAAAAUGGGUCCCAAGGAAAGCGCUACUUGCCAAACACGCUCACGGAUCUGUAAGAGUGUAUUUUUAUCCCUGUAGUUAUCUGAUGCAGGAACAUCAAUUCUGAUAUUUUUAUACAUAUGUGUAUGUGAAUAUAUAUGCAGUAGUUCCAUUUCUUACUGUGUUCAAAUGUUUUUGAGAUAAAAUGAAAGCAUUUAUACAA